CUGGGGGAGACGGAGGGUCGCCGCCGGAAGGGCUGAGGCGGCGGCGGUGGUUCCAGGCAGGGCGGAGCUCCGUCCCCGCCAUCCCGCCGGGUCCCGUCCAGUCCGGCCAUGUCCCGGGACGGCCUUCCCGCGGCGGGCCCGCGGGGCGCCAAGAGGGGCGACACCCUCAGCCUCGUGGAAAUGAUUACAAACAAGCAAGGGAAAACACCAAUUCAGCUACUACAUGAGUAUGGUGUGAAGACUGGUUUUGUUCCAGUUUUUGAAUGUGAAAAAGCUGAGGGACAAAUACACCAGCCAAAUUUCACCUUUAAAGUAACCAUCGGUAAACUCACCUGCACAGGUGAAGGUCCCAAAAAGAAGGUGGCGAAACAUAAAGCUGCAGAAGCUGCCAUAAACCAACUGAAAGCAAAUUCUGGCAUUAGUCUUUCAGUGUCUGGCCCUUCAGUUCCUGAUUCUUGCAAGCAACCACAGAAACCGAAAAGUCCUAUAAAUUCUUUGCAGGAACUGGCAAUGCGGUGUGGCUGGAGUCUUCCUGAAUACACACUUUCCAAAGAGUCAGGACCUGCUCACAAGAAAGAGUUUAUCAUGAACUGCAAGCUGGAAACAUAUGUUGAGACCGGAACAGGUGCAUCAAAAAAGCAAGCUAAGGAAAGUGCUGCUGAGAAACUUCUUGCUAAAUUACAUACAGUCACCGCCGGUCAAAAGAAGUCCCUGGUAAAGCCAAUAGGAAAUAACUUAGGCUGCACAUGGGAUGCCAUGAAGAACUCUUCUGGUAAGAAAGUCACCUUACUGAAGAAAAGCCUUCUCAGCCUUCCUAACACUGAUUACAUCCAGUUGCUUGGUGAAGUUGCAGAGGAGCAAGGUUUUUCUGUAACAUAUUUGGAUAUAGAAGAGCUGAGCAUUAACGGACAGUACCAGUGCCUUGCUGAACUUUCAAGCAGCCCCAUCACAGUCUGUCACGGCACGGGGAUUUCCUGUAGCAACGCUCACACAAAUGCAGCACACAAUGCCCUGCAGUAUCUGAAGAUCAUGGCGGAGACAAAGUGAACUCGGGAAAGUGGCAAAAGUAGCAUCAUCUCUGAGUGUGAAGUAGAGGUAUAUAUGUGUAUAUGUAUAUAGAAAAAACGGCUUCAAAACGUUCACUUGCAUAUGUUUGAGCUUUUGUGAUGUUUCCGAUUGUAGAGCAUCAGAAUUUCUAAUUUAAUUAUGGCCCAAGCAUGAUUAUUGCUAUUUAUUAUGGUUAAUGAGUAAGCUGUUGGAUGAUGAUGUCUCGAAUUAAUAAACUUUGUCUCAUGAAGUAAAUUGCAGUUAGUAUAUUGCAAUGCAUCCGUUAGGUGCUUAGUGUUUGUUGACUAGUGUAAAUACCCGGACAGAUUAGGUGUGUAUUGUAUUUUUCCUCCUCCUAUCUUCCUAUCCCUUUUUCUUUCCUCUCCUGCUGCAGUUUUCUCUCCUCUCCCUCUAGAUUUCUCAAGUUCUGUGGUGGUGUAUUUGUUCCUCUCUCCAUUUUUCCAUCUCUGGGCUUAUAUGUUCCUAAGCUCUAUUGGUGCAUCUCGUCUCCCCUUCUCCUUCUCUUUCUCCUCCACCUUGGAUGUUGCUGUAAUGCUUUCUCCCACUUCUCUUUGUCUUCUGACUCCCUGGCAACCCCUGGCUCUGAUUUUUCACCUUCUUUCCCGUCCCUCUCUAAGGCUGUCUACCUUUCCUCUUCCAUUCCUUUUGCUCUUUUCUCUGUCCUUUCUGUCAAGCACUCCCAUGGGCUAUUCUGCCCCUACUAGGUAAUCUAUAAAUGAUGCUGAUAAGGUUUUUAGAGUGUCUCCUCCCCUCCCCCCCAAUCUUCCUCCUCACUCUUUCUCCUGUUAUUUCUGUCCGUGUUUAAAACUAUUGCUCUAUUUCACCUUUUCCCCCAUCCCUCCCUUUCUCUCCCAACAUCUCUAUCUCUGGCAAUUCCUGCCUUCUUCCCUCUCACUCUCCCUCCUCUCUGACCUCUUCCUGCCCAAAGAUGGGGAGGUGGGGGGAAGGGUUAGGGCGGUAAUCACCCCUGCCCUGGCAUCUAGCUUGCCAUCCCACUCCUUGAGAGACAGGGCAGGGGCUGCAGCUGGGCUUGGGACAAGCGGUGGGUGGGCCGAAAGAAGGGGAAAUGCAGAUUCCUCUCUUCCUCCCUCUCCCCCCGCCCAGGGUAUCUGCACGUGGGGACUUGAAUUAUCCCCGUGCUUGAGCCUUUCCAGCCAAUUAUACCAGCAGGGAGCCAGCUAGCUGAGAGCACUCUAAGACUGAGACCCACAAAUAGCACUUAGGCUUUUUUAAAUAAACUCUAUAUGUAUCUCUAAGGUAAUGAUGGUAAUGAUGACGAUGAAAUAAAACUACUGUUGGGAAGUC